AUGAUCAAAGUAUCCUUCUUAGUGACGUUGUCUCUCGCGAUGUGUUAUGCGGCAAUCGACAUCGAGAAAUAUUUAAAAAUAUGCGAUAGAAACUCUCUCGAGAUCAACGAAUGCUUAGUGGAGGCCGUACAGAAGGGCGUCAAGGAUUUAGCUGGGGGUAGCAAAGAUCUGGGAGUGCCGCCCUUGGACCCCUUUCUUCAGAAAGAUUUAAAAAUGGAAUAUAAUAAUAACCAGAUUCAAGCAAAAAUGGUUAUGAGCGACAUCUUUGUCGCGGGUCUCAGUGCGUCUACCGUGAAAGAUGCGAGACUAAAGGCAGACGAAGAUAAUUUUCAUUUAGAAGUCGAUAUGUUUACGCCUAAUGUAGUCGUCAAUGGUAAAUACGAAGGUGGCGGUAGUUACAACUCCUUGAAGAUUCUUGCUAACGGACUAUUCAAUACCUCAAUGACCGAUUUGGUUUAUACGUGGAAACUCGAUGGCAAACCAGAAGUCAUUAACGGAAUAAUGUACGUGAGGAUCAUAUCCUUUUAUAUGCGGCCCGAUGUAGGCACUAUGACAACCUUCCUUACAAAUGAAAAUCCAGAAAGCAAGCCCCUAACGGACUUGGGCAUAAGAAUUACCAACGAGAACUGGCGUCCCUUAUACAAAGAAUUCUUACCAUUUGCCCAGAGCAACUGGAAUAAAAUUGGCAUUCGUAUAGCCAACAAGAUAUUUCUAAAAGUGCCGUAUGAUACGUUGUUUCCCAAUAAGUCUUAA